CCUAACACGCACUCAAAAGUAGCCAACUUUAGAGAUAUUUCAUUAGGAAAUUUGGUUAAAAUAGCAUCACACUAUUUUAAUGAAUUACUCAAAGAGUAAAACAAAGGCUUUUUAAUUCAAUAAUCUGGUUCUGCUUACAAUGACCAUAUGACAGAAGUAUUUAUACAACAACAAAUAAGGGGAAAUACAAGAACAAUGAAGGAAGAAUACAACAAGGAAGUUUCCUACUUCUUUCAUACAAAUGAAUGCUUAAUGCCCAUCCAUGUGAGUUGAUUUUCCAUGAUGCUUCUCCUGAUUUUGAGCUGAUCUUCUUUGGGUUUAUUUGGGUAGAAAUUUCGUGCAUAUAAGGAAGAAAACAAAGGGGAAUCAAGCUUUAGACUUUUGUGAAUAAAAUGCCAAAACAGCACUAUUCAUUCAAUGACUUUGUUUCUGAUUUUUGUUCCUUUGUUUCAAAAGUGAUUAUGCUUUUGUUUUGUGGAAGAAAAGGCUUUAUUCUUUGUUGAAAAUCAGGNGUUGAUUUUCCAUGAUGCUUCUCCUGAUUUUGAGCUGAUCUUCUUUGGGUUUAUUUGGGUAGAAAUUUCGUGCAUAUAAGGAAGAAAACAAAGGGGAAUCAAGCUUUAGACUUUUGUGAAUAAAAUGCCAAAACAGCACUAUUCAUUCAAUGACUUUGUUUCUGAUUUUUGUUCCUUUGUUUCAAAAGAUGAGAAUGGAGCAUUGAUUUCUAACGUCAACGGGGUGGACAUAUAUUUGAAUGAGAAAAACAUUCAAAUUCUCACCGGGCUUCAUCGGAACGGAGAGGAUCUCGACCUCUAUGUUGGAGAAGAAGGUGCGCGAUUCAACGUGACCGCCCUCUUGGAGGAAGUGGGAAUCCGCAAUUUCGUCCCCACUCCCCAACAGCGGCGCCCGACGAUUACUUCCAUGAGUCCCGUGUUUCGAUUCAUUUUUUAUGUUUUGACACGGAUUCUCAAGCCUAGGAAGUUCAAUCACACCACUUUCUCCCAAGAGGACACAAAGACGCUCCAUGCGAUGAUUCACAAUGACAACAUCAAUUGGUGUAAGUUUGUGAUGACUCACAUGUUCAAUGCCACCUCCGAAAACCGACCGCUUCCCUAUGCUCUUCUUGUCAUGGCGAUCCUUGAUGAGUUCCACAUCAAGACAAACAUCGGGCUGAAAUGCAAAGGGACAAAGCAUUGGGAGAUUGAUGAGUCUUCCUUCCACCCGGGAACUGAAGAAUCUACGUUCCCGCAGCCUCGUCCACACCGCCAACCAAGGGCCACCGCUUCAACCAACCCUUCUCUAGCCGAGCAAAUGGCCGCCUUGACCGCCACUCUCUCUCGGAUUGAUACCAACGUCUCCCAAACGGCCCAAAAUGUCAAUAUUUUGAGCCGUGAGCUCCAUGGGUAUUUUGACUUUGUCAACUACCCUUACGCUCAAAUGGUCCCCUAUGUUCCUCUGCCAAAUCUCGGUGGUGAACCAAGCGGGACUAAUAACGUUGGUGGAGAAGAAGAGGUGAACGAUAAGAAAGAGGAAGAAGAAGAGGAAGAAGAAGAGGAAGAGGAAGCCGAAGAAGAAGAAGAUGAUGAUGAUGAUGAUGAUGAUGGGACGUCGUUCCCUUGUUGUAAACUCAAAGGAAAUUCUUUGUUCCUUCGUGAGAUGUGUUGGAGUGUGGUAUCUCUGAGCAAAGGCGUUGAGGCUCGUGUGACUCGGGAUCUCAAGUUGUAUCGAAGCAUUGGCAGCCGGGACAGGUGGGAUGGCUCGUUCGAGCACAUAUUCUUUCUUCUCGAGUCGAAGAACGAUAACAAGAGGAAUAAAAAGAGCCUAGGAGUUGGCUUCGUCGUCCCCGUCGUCAUCCUCGUCGUCCUUGACGUCCAUGGGAUCGCCGUCCACCGCGUCCUCAAAGUCGGCCUCAUCGGGGGAGGAAGACGGAGCAUAGGAGUCGUCGUCCUCAUCCUCGCCUUCAAAGUUUUGGCCAAGGAUGGUGCUGUCGAAGGGCGGCGGGACGUAGUUGAUGCCGCGGAAGAACGCCCUCAUGUCGUGGUGUUGGCGUUGCAGCGUCUAGUCCAUCCUCUCCAUGUAGUUCUCCAUGUACUGCCCCAUGCUGUCCACCGUGAGGGUGUUUUUGGCAAUGAUCCAAAGCUUUGUCAUCUUCGUGCUUGGCCCGGCGAUGUGGAUGUCGGCGGAGACGAUGAGGUCCAUGACGAGGAAGGCGUACGGCAAGCUCCACUCGUUGAUGAUGGAAGCGCAAUCCAUCGUGUGAAGCAUGACGAAUUUCACCCAAUUGUUGGAGGCGCCGUGCAUGAUCGCAUGAAUCGCCUUCAAGUCCUCGUUGAAGAGCGAGGUGUGGCUGCCAUCCUGGGGGCGGAGGAUUCGGGUGAGGAUGUAGAGGAGGAGGCGCUUCUCCGGUGGGGCCGAGUGAAUCGUCGGUGUGCCACUAUGACGGAUCAAGUUGGUGAUCCCGAGCUCACGGAUGACGACGGCCUCAUUGUUGAGGAUCUAAUCGUCGCCACCAUACGUCGCGAUGUCGUCACCGCAGGUGGGCUGCCCUGCGACCCGAGCAAAGGUAGGCAAAUCAAUCUCCAUGUCGUAGAGAUUGAUGCUAGUGCGGAUGGUGUCCCCGUCCCGGCGGAGAUUGGAGUAGAAGGCCCGGACAUAGGCGGGAUUGAAGGAGGUGUGGCUCUUGGAGACGAAGGGCCACAAACCCGACUCUUUGAGUUGAUUGUCGAGGUCGUGGUACCCCUUUUGUUGGGGGAACAACUCCGGGAGCACGCGAGGCAGACAGAUCGAGCACUUGGCGAAGUGCGUGAGGAACCGGGUGAGUUCCUCCUCCGACCCGAACUCAAGGAAGGAGCCGUCGAGAUAGGGAAACGGUGGGGGCGCUGAGGUCGUAGCUUCGGCGUUGCCCUUCUUCUUGGAGGCCUUCGAUUUGAAUUUUCCACCGGCCAUUGCUGAGGCAGUUUUGAAGAAAGAGAGAUCAAAUAUGUAGAUUUGGAUGAAGGAGUGAAAUUAUGAUGUUAAUGGUGUAUUAGAAUGAACAAAUAUGAUGAAUAUAUAUAGGGAAGAGAGGUAUAGACCGUUUGGAUUCAAAAAAUAUAGCUGUUGGGCAAUU